GGGAUGGGGGAAUAUUUUACCGGAAGGACAGCGGAAUCUCAGCAUCCGGAUUGUUUUCCUGGUCGUCAGCUGCCUGGUCGAAAGCCGGCCCUCUAGCUUCAUUCAUUCAAAGAAAGUCAGCCAACACGCCUCCGGGAGCUGUAUUCUCAAAGAAAAAUGAGCAUUUUGUAAAAAUAAUGCUGCUGUGUUAAUUAUUUAAUAAGAAAAAUUUACUCCAUUGUAAACAAUACUUAUCGGUACGGGCGCCUCACACGAAUCUGACUCUGCUACUGUCCAAUAGAUGGCGCUGUACACGGUAGGUGCCAGUUGAUGGGGAAAAACAAAAUCAUGUUCCAAUUAUUAUCCCCUAAUUUCUCACCUUCAAUUUCGAUUAGCUAAUUGUAGCUGCGUUGUAUCAGUGUGUGGGAGUAUUAAUAUGCCUUUUGUUUACAAACGAUAUACACAUCGCGCCUGUUGCCGGGUUGCCGGGUUGUGUUUUCGUAGGUUUUAUUAUAGUAUUCACUGUAAUCCGGUAGGAGAACGCUCCGGAUCUCGAUGGUUCGCUCCGGGUGACGGUCGGUCGGUUUAAUCCCGUCACUGCUUCUUCGACCUUCCCCGAUCAUAGCAGAGUUUAUCGUCUGGAAAACUUCUUGGUACGGAAGCAAGCAGCAUGUCGGAAACGUCGCUCUCGUAUGAGCUGUCCAGAUCACCGGAAGGUGCGCAACCUGAUCCCGAACUGCAGCAUCUGCUAGAAGCGUCCUGGACGGAACGGCAUGACGCUGGUGUGGGAUUUCGCUACCGUCUCCACAUCGAGCGUGAGCGUGUAGCUGAGGGAAAAUUUGGUUUUCUCAUUUUGCUAAACCGGAAGCGACUGACGGAACGUCGACAACCAUACGCAUUUCUGCUGGAUGCUCCGUUCGAUGCGGCACGGUUUAACUUCACACGGAUCGAUCCGGUCGAAAUACAGCUAGAGCUGGGGGGCCAUUUCCCAACGUCAAUUCUGAUCAACAACAGCCCAGUGACGGUAUACCAUUCGCUCGUCGUACCGGACCGACAGGGUCAGCACUCGCAGAUGCUAACACCGGCAGGGAUUCGUGUACCGUUUGAGCUGCUGCUACGCCUACCGGACCGUCGCUAUCGGAUCGGGUACAAUAGUCCCGGUGCACAGGCAUCGGUGAAUCAUCUUCAUCUGCACCUACUACGCAUCGAUACGGAUCUGUACGUGCAGCAAACGGAACUGAUCCCGGUGCGUGGUUACAUCCCGCUGUUGCAUCGCUUGCCGGACCAUCUACCAGCCCAAGGCUACUGUUUCGUGGUACGUGAUCCGAUCCGUGACCUAGAGCCCGUAUGUACCGGGCUGGGGACACUGAUCACCGCGCUGAUGGAACGCAAGAUGGCGCACAAUCUGUUCUGGACGUGGACCCAUCUGCGGGACGGUAGGGAGAUACGUGCGUUCGUGUUUCCGCGUGCGAAGCAGUGCGUCAAUAAGGUGGCAUGCUCGUUUAACGCAGCGUUUCUUGAGCUGAGUGGAUUCGUAUCCGUCGGUGAGGUGAGCGAUUAUGAACAGCUGACGGAGGAUAUCAUUGUGCAGGCGUUGCGGGAUGCACAAGGUGAUGUGUACGGCACACUGGGAGAUCUGUUCGGGACCGAUGGUUCGAACUGAACGGUAAAGACAGGGUUGAGCUUAAAGGGGUAAGGAUGACGCUUCACACGGAACAGUUCCUAGCAUUGUGAUGGUGCGGACGAGUCAGACUCAAACGCCUAUAUUCACAGGUGUUAAAGCAGAAACUAUUAAGACACUAAGAAAAGGCAGACUGUGUCACCACCAGCAAGCGUGACAUUAAAUUUAGUCCGUUUUUAAGAGUGUAUGGAUGGAUACGCAGGAAAACCAAAAAUAGCUUACUAAUCCUGCAAAAGGAACGAGAUAUCCAUCUAACAGCAAAGGUAGAGGACAUUUCAACUGUUUACAAGCCGCGUACUGAUAAUAAUAUUCAGUAAAAGAAGAAAAGCGGCCUAAACAUGCCUCGAAGGCAAAGAGGGAGUUUUUUUUCUUCAAAGAAGGAAAAUUGCAGUAUCUGAACAAGCCACCGUCCGCGUUUCGCAAAGUCCAAUAUCUCUCACAGCCAUUCCAUCUUCUUCGGUCCUACUUAGCGCUGGUGGAACUGUUGAACGCCAACGAGGAUUAGAUUAAAGGAUGAUCGGUUUACGAUUAGCAGCAGAACGGGAAGCGAGGGAGCGUGGGAGGAAAAUGUGGCGCUCCCCUCUCUUCCCCCCCAUUUUUCUUCAAACUUUCUUUCCCCGACACACAUUCCUAGACACUCAGUUCUGUCAGUGUUUUGUGUGUGUGUGUUUGGAUGGGUUGUGAUUUGCAUUUUCCGAUCAUUAAUCACGCUCACGAUGAGCCGCCCUAACCCUUUCCAUUUUCGGUCGUUUUCUUCUCCGUUUCCUUUCACCCAGCCACCUCUCCUCCCCCCCCACUCGGCUCCUUAUGCUCGCAUUAUCUUCAGCAAGCAAGGAGUAUGAAUAGCCGAACAUCCCCCAAAAUCGGGGGCGGACUUUUCAGACACUCCGGACCGAAACCGGGUAAGGUAAUAGCUGUCAAAUUUUCUGUGAAAAUGUGACAGCCAACAGUCAGUGCUUUCCAUUUUCAUGAGGGCGGAAGAUGGGUCCAGGCACUUGCUGUCCCGGACAGCCUCCAGGACACCAGCACACCAGUACGGCGAGUUGAUGGGUUGAUUGGGUCGCAACAAGUAGAACUACUCCAUCACACUCACACACACACACACAGUCCGGACCAAUCUUACGGUUCAGACUUCCGUCCCUCUUUUCCUCCGGCCCAAAUGCUCCAACCCCUUGCUUUCCUGGAGUAUUACUUUUUCGGUUAAUAGUCAACAGUGCUGUGGCCGUCCGUCACAACUUUCUUUAACGCUCCUCUCCACUCUUUCCCCUGCUCACCCGGUUUUUCUUUUGUGUUCAGCUUACUUUUUUGUUGUUAUUAUUUUAAAAUGGCCGCACGAAAGAUAAAUGGAAUUUCCACUUCAACUUCAGGCUCGUGGGGCUUUUUUUUCGGGUUUCUUUUGGAAUGGGUGGACCUCACGUUUUGCGGUUAAUGUCUGUGUCUGUGUUUGUGUUUUUUUGGAGGGAGGAUUGCAUCAACAGGCCAUCAAUUUUCGGCGAACGGCUCACAGGCGCGCGCGUAUAUUUGUCACCGUUCGUUUGCGUGUUGGGUGAUCAAGCGAGCGUGUGACGAAACCGGGCACAAAAUUAAACGUUUUUAAUGUCAUUCGACGUGAGUGGCAAACAGAAAUGUGUGUGUGGGUGUAGUGUUUUGCUUAACGCAUCAUUCUUUCUUUCCAGCGUGUGGCGACACGUUCUUGUGAAAAGGGGUCGCCGCCAAAAGGAAGCAAUAAGUUCGGUUCGGGCUGACAAAAAAAAGGGCCAACCAACUUUCCUCAACAUCAAGUUGGUCAAUUUUUAAAAUCGAGGAUACAGGCAUCGUUUUGGGUGAUAGCUUUUCCAUGUACCGGGUGUCCGUGUGAGCCGGUGCAUUUUUGCCUGCGAGAAGAGAAAUGGGAUUGAAAAUGGAACCACCCAUCCCAUAUUCGGGUCUAAGUGGUUCUAAAUAAUGAAAAAAAAGCAUCCACCAAAUGAAGUAGUCAAUACCAAAAAAAAGGGAUGGAAAAGAGCAAAAUCCACCCUUACUUUAUCUACUGAGCUGAGGCUUGCCAGCAAAGGAAUUCGAACUUGAAAUUGCAGAGUUCUACUGGGUGAAGAAAAAAAAAAAGAAGGA